UCAAGCUUACAUUAGUGGAGAGCAAAUUGUGCGGGACAGACUACAUUGCAACUGCAUGAAAGAUUUGAAUCAAGAGUUAUUACGUAUAUUGGGAAGCUACAUUGGAAUACCUAGUUUAUCGUUAUAAAUCUACUUCACAAAUACGCAGACACAUAUUGGAUAAGUCAUCAUUAAGAAAAUGAAGAACAACGUGAAAGUACUCUUACUGUUGUUUUUGUUCGCCUGCUCUUUGAGUCAAGUGAAUAGUUGGGAAUGUGUCAAUGGAAAUUGUUAUUAUUUCAGUAAUCACACGGCUACAUGGCUUGACGCAAGAAAGUAUUGUCUGGAUAGAGGUGCCGAUCUUGCCGUUCCUUUCUCAAAGGCAAACAAUGACUAUCUUUAUUCGGAAAUGAAGAAGAAAGGGAUCAAAAGUGCUUUUAUCGGACUGUUCAAGACGGCUUCAGACCUCGGCUCAAACUUCUACACUACAAACGGUCGCCUUCAGGUUUUCAUCAACUGGGCAAGCGGAGAACCUAAUAAUCAGAAAAGCAAAGAACAUUGUGUUGAGAUCUAUGGAAAUAAUGAAGGAAAACAUAAUGAUUUGCCAUGUACAUGUCAACGCUAUUUUAUAUGUCAAAUAGCGGGCAGUUGCAAAGCUCGUAGAUAAGUGUGUAAAGUUUUACGACAAGUUGCAUGAGUAACUAUACUAUGAUUUGGAUUUGUAGAAAACUGCAUGAAAAAGUGAUUUGUUUUAGCAAUUGUAAAAUGUAUUGAAAUAAACAUAUAGAUAAUUUGGCAAUGUCAUUAUACAUGCAAACAUUACUCUUAAAACGGAUUUCACUCGAAAAUAUUGGCUGAAAAGUUUUUGUGGAUGAAUAUAUGACGAAGUACAAAACAUCACGCAAAUGUAAUAAAAAUUGAUGGGAUUAUGUGUACUGUGUA